UCUGAACGUCAGUUCUUCGUUUACGAUAGGACAGUCGAGUCGUGAGAUCUCAAGCUCAAGUGAAAAAAAAAAUGGCUAAACUCCUUGCAGUUGUCAUCCUUUUGAUUGUGACAUGUGCAUCGGCGUAUCCGACCAUUCAAUCCGAUGAACAAGAUAGAGAUUUCAAGGUGAGAGUGGCUAGAUCGCCAGGUCCUGAUCCACUUCAUCACCAUCAUCAUUACGGCGGAUAUGAUGGGUAUGGAAGAUAUGGAGAACAUGGAGGAUAUGGAGGAUAUGGAGGAUAUGGAGGAUACGGAGGAUACGGAGGAUAUGGUGAUAACGAUGGAGGCUAUGGAUCCCAAAGAUACAAUGGCUAUGGAAAUCAGAGAUUCAAUGGCUACGGAAAUCAAGGAUACAAUGGCUACGGAAAUCAGGGAUACAAUGGCUACGGAAAUCAGGGAUACAAUGGCUACGGAAAUCAGGGAUAUGGAAACCAGGGAUACAACAGAUAUCCCCAGUCUGGAAACUCUCAAUCCGCUGCCAACGCAAAUUCCGGUUCCUUCAACACUCCAUUUGGCAGUGGAUCCUUCGCCUCUGCCAAUGCCAACUCCAGAAACGACAACGGAGAAAUCUACUGAGAACGACUCGCCCUGACUGAAGAGCUACUGAAUAAUCAUUCGUUCCUUGAAAAACAUUUUCAACACCUGUGAAUCGUCUUUAAUUUAUUAAUUUUAAUACAACCGCAUGAAUUACUCCUGAAUUAUUUAUAAGUGUUCAUAUUUUUACUUCUGUGAAUGAAUCUAGGAAAUAUAAAAGUUAGGAUUUUAGGAUAA